AUAUGAUUAAUGAGACAAAUUGUGUAUCGCAUCUUAGGGUGCUCUAUACAAUAAGAAGGAAGAUGUAGACUGCAGAACAACGUGUGCGUCCGCAGGGUGUUUUAUUGCCCUUUUAGCAUGUGGAUUUAAUCAAUCUUUAUGUCCAAGGCUUUUCAACCUCGCGAAUAGUAGGUUUAUUAGAUCGUUAUGGCGACAUCGCGUGUGGCGGAAAUUACAGCGUCGUUGACGAUAACCUAUGUGGCGGCUGUCACGGCUGUGGCGCUGAGAAUCUUCUCAAGAAGAUUGACAGGCGUUGCUCUCGCAUUUGACGACUAUGCGGCUGUCGCCGCCGGAUUUUGUGCUACUGUGUUCUUCGCCAUGAAAGUUUAUGCGUUGACAAACGGUCUUGGCCGCCAUAUUCAAGACAUCCAUAAAACCACCCCAGUGAUCACGACUCAACAUAUCAUGCGCGACCUCUGGGCAGAUGAUAUACCGUACUCAAUCGGCGUCUGUCUGGCGAAACUCUCCAUUUUGUGGCUUUACUGGCGCAUGUUCAAACACUCGAGGAUUAGAAUACCGAUUCAGGUAAUGGCUGCUUUGAGUGUAAUGUGGUUUAUUGCACGACUCGUCAUGACGGCGAUCCAGUGCAUUCCAAUUCAUGCGCUCUGGGACUACAGUGUCAAAGGAGUCUGUCCGAUUGACCCUGCGAAGUCGUUCAUUGCGACCUGCGCCACACACGCUAUCAUCGACUUCAUCAUCGUUCUACUUCCCGUAUUUGAAGUCGCCAAACUACAUCUCCCUCCGAUCCAAAAGUUCAGUGUCGCCCUAAUGUUCACUUCUGGACUACUGUGAGCUUACGCUCCUCUUCAUCCCUCCGCCUUGCAGACUGCUGACCUCUUUGACCUGCAGCGUGGCUUGCGCUGCUGCAUUCCAAACAU